AAAAUAAUUUAUAUUUUUCAUGCGAUAUGCAAUGAUAAGUGAUUAUAUGUAUUGCAUCUGUUAUCUCAAUCUAUUGGUUUCAUUUGGUGCGACUGUUCUUCACGUUUUAGCUCGUUGCUUCUUAUAAAGAAUAGGUAUAGAGAAUUUCGGUCGUAUAUGUUGCUCAAUUCAAAGUGACAAGAAUUUUAUAACUAAUGUCGUGUUCGUAGAGUCGAUUUUUUUGCUAUAUUUUCGGUCGAGAUGCUCGAAAGAAUAAUGGAACGGCGACGAAGACUCGAAAUUUGGAAUUAUGAACCUAUCGACUUGUCUAAAAAAAAAGUCGUCGAGUUGCAACAACAGAAGAUGGAAAAGCGAAGAAUCGAAUGUGAAAAUUACGAGCCGAUUGAUUUGACUGAGCGAAAUAAGAAAACUACAGAAUCUAGUAUAGAUUUACACGUUUCAACAAUUUCACUCAUGGAAGAAGAAAUGUCAAAUAUCGAUACCGAAUUCGGUCUACAUCUGUCCUCGAUUUUCGAUCCUUCUGCAUUUGACGUGGCAGACCAACGAGAUCCACCUGCACCGAACAGAGUCCAACCAGACCAAAAUCAAGUCCAUCAAAAUCCUUUCCAGCCUGACGAAGUUGAACAAAAUUCAUCUGCAGCUGAUGACACAGUCCAAAUAGUGGAGGAUACGAGAAAUGCGGCUCGAUUGAUUUAUCUACAAGCUGAACGGGAUUUUCAUCAUCUGAUAUAUCGUACCUUAUCGCAUGAAGUCGAAGCGCAAUCUAAAAAUUCAAGCAGCUGGCCGAUAUCGGGCUCCAAAAUUAUAGCUCUACAGAACAAAGCAAAAGUGUACAUCGAUGAACUCAAGGCUUUAGCUGAUAACACGACAUAUGACCAUAACAGCCCAGCUGCUGCAAUGUCACCAAAUGAGGAAUCUAGAAUGAAAGACUACUCUCGCGACACUUUUGGUUAUCGAAUUGUGUCCAUCGAUGAGAGUGUGCUGGAUGUUCCAGCGGACAAGACGACGUUUGACGAUAAUAUCCCAACCCUAAUACCACCAAACGAGGACUCUAGAGUGAAAAACGUCUCACUCAACACUUCCGGUAAUCAAAUUGUGUCUGUCGAUGGUAAUAGUUGCAAAGCUUUAGCUGAUAACACUAAGUUUGGUGAUAAUAUUCCAACCACAAUACCAUCAGACGAGGAAUCUAGAUCGGAAAACGUCUCAUUCAAAUCUUCCGGUAAUCAAACUGUGUCUGUCGAUGAGAAUAGUUGCAAAGCUUUAGCUGAUAACACUAAGUUUAGUGAUAAUAUUCCAACCACAAUACCAUCAGACGAGGAAUCUAGAUUGAAAAAUGUCUCCGUCGACACUUCCAGCUCUCAAAUUGUGUCCGUCGACGAAAGCAUGUCGUAUGAACCUAGCUAUAACAUCCCAUCUGAAUAUUCCUCCUUUGACACUUCCGGUUAUCAAAUUGUGCCCGCCGAUAAGAAUGGGCGGUAUCGUCUUCCACUUGUGACCAAUUGGAGCAAAUUGAGCACUCUUGGUUAUGUGCAAUUACUAAAAAUCGAGCAGAACUGGAGGAACGCAACCAUGUUUACAAAAAUUGGAAACCGUGAAAUUUAUCACUCCGAUAAAAUACCAAUAUGGGAUGCAACCAAUCCACAGGCGACUAAACCUGAGUUGCUAAAAAAUUAUGAUUCUCACAAAGAUGAUACGUUCAAAAAUGGUUUCGCUUUACCGUUCGAUCACGUUUGCAUGUUUGUUUUCGCGUGCAGAAAAAAUACGUGUCGUUAUUUUCACGAUGUCCUUAGUUCUGUCCAGGCACAUGAAAAAGCAAAUGGACAUACUUUUUCUUAUACGAAACGUGCAAGACCACAAGACGAAAAAUCUGACGAAGAAUAUGACCAUGAUAAAACAAGCGAGAAAAAUCAAAGUCGAGAUGUAGAAGAAUUCAUCUGCCUAGAACAAUCAUCACGACCGAAGAGACGCUGUACUGAAAAAAAGCUAUCCCGGUUUCAGUCCGAGCCUUUGGUACUACAUGGUCGAAGGUCCAAGCCUCAAAACAAGCCUCAGUCCUACGGUUUGUGUACACUAUUUUAAAUGUUCCACCGACUGGCUGCAGAAGGAGUAAAAGAAACGUUUGGAAGUUGGCAAAUCCGCCCCAAACAAACGAAAAUCAUAUUCUGACAAUAAAGCUCGAGAGUUGUCAAUAAGACGUAUGUUAUCUACCUCGUAUCCAGAAAACCUAUAUUUCAGGAUCGCAGAAAGGAGCUAUACAGAAGAACUUGUGUCCAGCAAGUAGAUAUAAUUUCGUUUUAAAUGAUUCGUUACCGUAUUUCUUGUUAAUUAUUUUAUUUUUUUAAAUUUUAAUUUGUGAUUUGACAUGUCUCGAAAGCGUCAUUCUAAAAGAUACUUACAGCUGCGAUCUCAUGUUUAAUAAGGUCUAUCUAAUUACCCAAGAUGUUUAACUGAGAUUUGUGAAAUCGUUGAAAAAGAGAAAAGAGCUGACGCUUUCGAAACUUGAUGUUUCGUUUGUUUUUUAUUUUUCGUUUUAUUACUAAGCUUAUGAAGUUAUUAACAUAUACCUACCUAAUUCUAUUUGUUAAGUAUUUGUAUCGGUUUAUUUAAUGUAGGUAAUUUUUAUCA